AUCUUGUGUGUAUAUUAUGAAAUUUAAUAAAUGAUAUGUAAGAAAGAAAUUAUAACAUUUUCUUGGAUUUUAUGUGAAAAUGACGUUGUAAGAUGAAGAAAUAAUUUCAAGAAUUCUACUAGACCUAUAAAAUAAACAACAUCAUAUUUUAAAGACAAUGAAAAAAAAAUUAAAAAUCCUAAAAAAGAUUGAAAAAAUAAAGCCUGCAACGAACCGCGAUAGUACUUACAAAUUGAGCCACAUGAUGUCGCCAUAUACCGCAAAGAAGGCUUUUAAACAAAAGAACCCACUUUCUCCCCAGUAUAGAAAGAAACUCAUUCAGUAGCAGCUUCAGAGAAAAGGAAAAGGGUCAGAAACGAAAAAAAGACAUCGGAUUCAAAGAUUCACACCAUCCCAAGGAUGAUAUCCAUUUUAGGUCAAAAAUAGAUUAUAUAAUUCCAGAAGAAAGGAUUUGCAAUGGGAUUUUCCGGGCGAGACGGCCUGAAGCUUUUACAUUGUCUUCUCCUCUAUUCAGCCUGGGAUGUGGGGAGCGGCCAGGUCCAUUACUCGGUGACGGAGGAAGCAAAACAUGGUACGUUCGUGGGCCGUAUCGCGCAGGAUUUGGGUCUGGAGAUCGGGGAGCUGGUAUCUAGGCUGUUCCGCAUGGUUUCUCCCAACCGUAGGGACUACCUGGAGGUAAAUGUGCAGAAUGGCAUUUUGUUUGUGAAUUCUCGGAUCGACCGGGAAGAGGUGUGUGGCCACAACUCCAUUUGUAGCAUCCAUCUGGAGGUCAUUGUGGACAAACCGCUGCAGGUUUUCCAUGUGGAGGUGGAGAUCAAGGACAUUAAUGACAACCCUCCGGUAUUCUCCGUAGGACAAAAGAGUCUGUUUAUUUCUGAAUCCAGCUCAUUAGAUUCUAGGUUUCCACUAGAGGGCGCGUCGGAUGCAGAUAUCGGAGCGAAUGCAGUUCUUACCUAUAAACUAAGCCCCAAUGAUUUUUUCACUCUAGAUGUACAAAACAGUGAUGAACAGAUUAAACCUCUCGGACUAGUAUUAAAGAAAAUUCUAGACAGAGAAGAAACUCCUGAACUUCACUUACUGCUUACAGCCACUGAUGGGGGCAAACCAGAGCUUACGGGAACAGUUCAGCUACAAAUUUCUGUAUUAGAUGUGAAUGACAAUGCCCCUAAAUUUGACAAAAAAGUCUAUAAAGUUAGAUUAGCAGAAAAUUCAUUAAACGGGACAAUGGUAACAAAAGUAACUGCCUCAGACAUGGACGAAGGAACAAACAGCCAAAUUAUUUACUCUUUUGAGAGUGAUGUCCCCCCAAAUAUAUUGUCUAAGUUCGUGAUCGAUCCGAUGGAUGGAGACAUCAGAGUGAUUGGACAAAUUGAUUUUGAAGAAAGUAAAUUAUAUCAAAUCCAGAUAGAGGCUACUGAUAAGGGAAUUCCCAAGAUGGUGGGUCAUUGCACAAUCUUGGUCGAAGUAAUGGACAUCAAUGAUAAUAUUCCUGAAGUAACAGUGAAGUCUCUUUCACUACCGGUCCCAGAAGACUCUCCGUCAGGCACCGUCAUCGCUCUCAUCAGCGUAUCUGAUAGAGAUUCGGGCACCAAUGGGCAGGUAACUUGCUCGCUGUCACCCCCAGGGCCUUUUACUCUGGUGUCCACCUUCAGAAAUUACUACUCGCUGGUACUAGAGGAUUCUGUGGACCGCGAGAGGGUGCCAGCUUACGAAUUAGUGGUGACUGCGAGAGAUGGCGGGUCGCCAGCGCUUUGGGCCACAGCCAGCGUGUCUGUGGCCAUUGCCGACGUGAACGAUAAUGCACCUGCCUUUGAGCAGGCAGUGUAUACAGUGUUUGUAAAGGAGAACAACCCACCCGGCUGUCACAUUUUCACAGUGUCCGCCUCGGAUCUAGAUGCUCAGGAGAACGCGCUAGUGUCUUACUCGCUAGUGGAGCGACGAGUCGGGGAGCGUCUAUUGUCGAGCUAUGUGUCUGUACAUUCAGAGAGCGGCAAAGUGUUCGCCUUGCAACCCCUAGACCACGAGGAGUUAGAGCUGCUUCAAUUCCAUGUGAGUGCCCGCGAUGCGGGCUUCCCUCCUCUGAGCAGCAACGUGAGCCUGCAGGUGUUCGUGCUGGACGAGAACGAUAAUGCGCCGGUUGUGCUGCAGCCUCACUCUGGCGGCAGCCCAGGGACCGAACUAGUAUCACAGUCAGUAACUAUGGGCCAUGUAGUGGCUAAGAUUCGAGCUGUGGAUGCGGAUUCAGGCUACAAUGCUUGGUUGUCUUAUGAACUGCAUCCAGAGAUGGGAGUUGCUCGUAGCCCUUUCCGAGUGGGUCUGUACACUGGCGAGAUCAGUACUAUCCGGGCCCUGGAGGAGACGGAUGGAUUGAGGCAGACGUUACUGGUGCUGAUAAAAGACCACGGGGAGCCCCCUCUAUCAGCCACUGCCACUCUAAGUAUAUCUAUUGUGGAGAACGGGCAGGCGCUGAAGGCUUCCUCUGGUGUGUCCAGAUCAGUGGCUAGUGUAGGAAAGGAGGCAAUAGCACUGGAUGUAAAUGUUUAUCUAAUAAUCGCCAUCUGUUCAGUGUCCAGUCUUUUGGUGCUGAGUCUGCUGCUUUACAUAGCAAUGCGAUGUUCGGCACCCUCCCAAGUUGUUUCUGGACCAGGAAAGCCCACACUGGUGUGCUCCAGCGAGAUUGGAAGCUGGUCUUAUUCCCAGCAGCGGCGUCAGAAAGUUUACUCUGGAGAGGGAGGUGCCAAAAGUGACCUUAUGGCCUUCAGCCCCAACCUCCCUCCGUGUCCUGGCCCAACAGACAGUGCAGAGCAGCAGGCAGUGGAUCAGGAUCAUUCCAUCAAGGUGGGUUCCAGAGUUUCUCAUUGAUUAUGCAACCUCAUAUUUGAGCAUAGGAGAUAUUUCUCUCAAAAAUUUAUACUUUGGCCCCAUUUUCUUCAUUUGAUUAUUUUUUCCCCUUUUGCUCCUUAAAUUAAAUAUAUUUCUGAAAACUUUCCCAGGGAGAUCAAAGUGGUAAUUCCUCUUUAUUUUAUCUGUUUAAUAUGAGAAAUAUUUUUGAGAGAGACACACUCAUAAAGUCACAUAGAGAAAACCUGAGAUAAAGAAACAGUCAUAGAGGGACACACAGAGUCAAAGAGAGGGAAAGGAAGAGAGAAAAAAAUAGAGAAAGGGAGAAAGAAAAAGAGAAGAGAGAGAUGAGAAAGACACAAAACUUUUAGAGAAAGAGAAAGGGGAAGGAACAGGGGAGAUUUUCCAAAUGCUUUGGGAAAAGUAUUUCAAGAUUAAGAAAUAAGAGGGGCCAAUAUAUUUAUUGUAAACUGUUAGGAAGGUUCUCUACAAGAAAAAAGUGAUCAGUACUUGGAAAUAGUCAGCUUCAAAAAAUGAAAUCGGUUAUGCAUUUGCUUUCCUCCAGACCUGUGAUUUCAUUGGAAUUGUGAACUUUUGGAGUAGUUCCUCCAUUCAGGUAUGCGAAUCUCCAAUUUGUGUGUAAUCUACUUGGGACAGUGACAGAUUAAGUGGCUUGCUGAGGGUCACUCAAUUUUCAUAUGUCAGAAAUAGAAUUAUAUUUAGGGAAACAGGAUUAGUGAUUACUCUCUUGAAAUCAUUUCCAAAAAAACUUUAUGUUCACAGUUAUAAAUUAUUUCAUGCAAGAAGGCAUAAAGAUAAAGGAAAAGAUACUGUGUGCGAUGAAAAAAGCAGUUAUCUUACUUAUUCAAAUGAACUUCAGAUUCUGAAAUCUGGAAAAAUAUAGGUAACUGAUGUAAAGUAUUCAUCAUAACAUGAAGGUACAUGGAAUCCAUUAGCUAUGUAAUUCAUCACCAAGUAGUGUUGCCAAGAAUGGAAAAUACCAAUUUAAAGUAGAAAUGA